AUGGAAAUUAUUACUUCAGUUGCCGGAAAAUUGGCAGAAUAUGCUGUAGAAGCAAUAUGGCAACAAUUUGUCUAUUUGAUUGGCUACAAAGAAAGCACUAAGAAGCUGGAUGAUGAACUCAAGAGGUUGGGGGAUAAAAGAGAAGGAGUGCAAUCAUUGGUGGAUCAUGCCGAAAGGAACGCACAAGUUGUUGUACCUGCUGUUGUAACAUGGCUUAAAAAUGUGGACCAGGCCGAGAAAAAUGCAAGAGAAUUUCUCAGGAAUCGAAUCGGAGCAAGACAUGUACAUGCAUUGAAUCUGAAAUUGCGGUAUUCAUUGAGUAAGAAGGCUAGCAAGAUGACUCAAGACAUCAUUCAGCUCCUACAAGAAGGGAAUAAUUAUGAUUUCAACACAGUAGCAUACCCUGCACCGCCAAAUAAGGACUACGUUUCUACCUCCAUAACAGGUUUUACCGGUUUGACGUCAAGAAUCUCAGUUAUGGAGGAUAUCAUGCAGGCUCUCAAGAAUGAUGACAUCAAUAUGAUCGGUAUUUGUGGAGCUGGAGGGAUAGGGAAGACAAAAAUGGUGGAAGAAGUUAUGGGAAGAGCAAAAGCUGAAAAGCUAUUUGAAGAAUUUGCAAUGGCGGUUGUCUCUCAAACACCAGAUGAGAAAGCAAUUCAAGGCCAAAUUGCAGAUAAGCUAGGUCUGAGGUUCUAUGAAGAAAGUGUAGCUGGACGGGCAGAUAAGCUUCGACAAAGAAUGAUGAAGGAUGGCAAAAAAAUCCUUGUGAUAUUGGAUGACAUUUGGGAGAAGCUUGAUUUCGACAAGGUUGGACUUCCUUUGGGACCUGAUAAUAAGAGAUGCAAGUUUAUUUUCACCACCAGAAGCGAAGAGGUAUGCGUGCAGAUGAAAUGCCAAAAGAAAGUUCCAAUGCCGUACUUGGCAAAAGAAGAGGCAUGGAAGCUUUUCCGGGAAUCAGCUGGCAGUUGUGUGGAUGAUCCUCUGUUGCAUCCGAUAGCAGAGGCAGUAGCAGAUGAAUGUGCAGGUUUGCCGCUUGCCAUCGUUGUUGUUGGAAGGGCCUUGGAAAACAAGGUUGACCAAAAUGUUUGGGCCGAUGCGCUUCAACAGCUUAAAAAAUCUGCACCAAGAGACAUUACUGGAAUGCAUAAACAUGUAUUCUCACGCAUAGAGUUUAGCUACAAUUAUCUAGAAAGCAAGGAAGCAAAGUCAUGCUUCUUGCUUUGUUGUUUAUUUCCUGAAGAUUUUAAGAUCCCAAUCGAAUUUUUGGUGACAUAUGGGAUGGGUCUAAAGUUAUUUGAUGACGUUGAUACAAUACUGGAAGCAAGAACCCGAGUCCUUGCAUUAGUUGACAAAUUAAAAAGAUCAUUCUUGUUGUUGGAUACAGAUGAGGAAUAUGGUGUCAAAAUGCACGACGUUGUACGGGACUUUGCCAUAUCAAUUGGAAGCAAAGAUGAGCCUAUGCUGGUAAGAUAUGAUGUUGGUUUGGAUGAAUGGCCUCAGAAAGAUUCAUACGAACAUUACUCCAGAAUCUCACUUCAGUUCAGUAAGAAUCCCAAGUUUCCUGUUGAUUUCUUGCAGUUUACAAAUCUAAAGCUUUUACAACUCUUUUACACCUCACGGCGUGAGAAUCGUAAGGAUAAUAUUCCAGGAAAUUUUUUUCAAGGGAUGAAAGGACUUGCAGUUUUAGCUUUGGUUAAAAAUGAUACGCCAUUAUCACUUCCACCAUCUUUAGGAGUCCUAAAAAACCUUCGAAGCUUGAUUCUUCAUGGAUGCAGCGAGAUAGAAGGAUUAUCAAUGAUUGGAGGUCUAGAGAAACUAGAAAUAUUAAGCCUUGUUGGGUCCCAGAUUCGUAUUUUUCCAAGAGAAGUAGGACAAUUAAAGCAUUUGAAGUUGUUAGAUUUGUGCGGAUGCGGAUCAAUCCAGCGGAUGGAGCGAGGUACUCUGUCAUGCUUAUCUAGACUGGAAGAGUUGUACAUGUUAAAUACAUUUGAUGAUGAACGGCUAUCGAUUAAUGAAGAAAACAGAGAAGAAGCCACUGCAAGUCUAAUUGAGCUAAAGGCAUUAUCACAUUUGAAAGUUUUGGCAAUUCAAAUACCAGCUUAUGCUUCUAUGGCGACAGCGUUUCCCUAUGACAAUCUAAAAAAAUUCAUAUUCAUUUUAUCUGAAGGUCGUCUUGACUGGGAGGAAAGAUAUGCGUUUCCACUUGAAAAUACCUUGGUACUCCAUGAACAUGAAAGAAGUAGAGUAUUCUACCCGUUGUUGCAGAAAACAGAUAAUGCAGCUUUCGAGAAUUUAAUGAAUUUGGAAAAUGAUCUUUGUGAAUUAGAUAUAAACGGUUUUGCACACUUGAAGAAAUUGCAGCUCAGUUUUUGUGAGAAACUGAAAUACAUCGUUGAUUGGUCAGGGAAAGAAACACCAGAAGCAGUCUUUCCCCAAUUGGAGUCACUUGGAAUCGGGAAUUUAGAGAAUUUAAAAGAGAUAUGCCAUGGACAGCCUUCACAUAAAAAUAGUCCGGAGGCGUUGAGGAGUUCGUCUUCCACGUUGCUUGCAAGUUUUGGCAAACUAAGAUCUCUUACUCUAGAUGGAUGCCCAAGGUUGAAAAAUAUCUUCUCAAUGUCCAUAGCAAGAGGUCUGACUCUUCUCCAAAGAUUGGAUGUGUCCGAAUGCAAUGAGCUAGAAGAAAUUAUAUCAAAAAUAGGAGAAGAUGAUGAGAAACCAAUUAAGGAGAUUGGAUUAUUCCCUGAGUUAACAGAUUUGAAGCUGGGUGAUCUACCUAAGCUUAGAAGAUUUAACUCAAUAUCCUCCCGAAAUAAGGUUGUAUUAGCUGACAAGAAGGAUAUGAGCACCCACGAAAUGGAUAAAUUUGCAGAUCAGAGUCAGCGAUAUGACCAACUGGAUAUUGGGUCCUCAUCUGUGCUACUAGCAACUCCGGGCUUUCAGAAUCUUAGAUCGUUGCUUGUAGUUCGUUGUACCAGUUUAAGAAAUCUAUUUUUGCCUUGUAUAGCCAAGCUGCUUGUGAACCUUGAAACCUUAGAAGUCAAAGGUUGUGCAAUGAUGGAAAGUAUUGUGGAAAAAGAAGAAGAAAUGGAAGAGGCCCUCAAAGGCAUAGUUUUGAUGUUUCCUAAACUGAAUUUAUUGGAACUUGAAAAUCUGCCAAAUUUCACAACUUUCAGCGCAGAGGAUUCUACUUUGGCAUUGCCAUCCUUGGAAAUAUUAUCUAUACGCAUGUGUCCGAAAGUAAAGACUUUGGAUCAUAUGAUUAAUACAAGCUCGUCUUCACAACUGAAGUCCACGGAUUUCACCACCAAACCAUCUUCCGCAGUCCCUAAGACGAAGACCGUCUCUGAUGGCAGUGGCACCUCUAUGGAUUCUCAUCGGGGUUUUAGUAGAUGGCUUUCAUGUUUUGGAUCUGCGAAAACUACAUUGCCAUCUGGGUCAGACGGCCCAUUGAUUGCUAAUUCAACUGAUGAGAUGAACAUUAUUCAACAAAGAGAUGUAUUAAAUCUGAAUGAGAUGAUGAUGAUGAGUAAACUUGUAAACCUUACUAUCGAAGAUAUGGACAACAUGCUAUACAUAUGGACAGACAAAGUUGAUGGUGGUUUCAUUCCAUCCCAUUUGAUGAAUAGGAUGAACAAUCUGGAAAGAAUGGAACUGUGUGGAUGUGAGUCAUUGGAAACAAUAUUUCACAUCGAGCGGCGGCCGAAAAGUGUGGAUGUCCUUCCACUGUUGAAUUGCUUGAAGGAAUUGGUUUUGCGGACUAUACCAAAGCUGGAGCAAAUAUGGAAGAAUAUUGGUGAAGGAGAUUUUAAGAAUCUGAAGAGAUUAUUUGUAUAUGAAUGUCACAAUUUAAAAUACCUUUUCUCAUCCGACGUCGCUGAGCUUCUUGUCGAAUUGGAGGAAGUCAGCGUAAUAGGAUGCGACAUGAUGGAAGAAAUUGUGGGGAAAUUAGCUACAGAUGAUCAGAAAGAUCAAGAUCAACCUAUACAUGAAAAGAUCAAGAGUACUGAGCAGCAUGCAGGCCGAGUUUUGGGAUUAACAAUGUUUAAAAAGCUUAAAUAUCUGGGAAUUACACGUUGCCACAAAUUGAGACAUGUGUUCAGUGGUUCCUUUGGUACUAGAGGUUUGGAACAACUUCAAACACUGGACAUAUUCAACUGCAUGAUGAUGGAGCAUAUUGUAGCUGCGGUUGCAAACGAAGAAAACGAGAAGGAAGUAAAAGCAACAACAACAAUGAUGAACAACAAGAUUGUGUUCCCUCAACUAGCGACUCUGAGUCUUUGUGCUUUGCCCAGGAUGAAGCGUUUUUGUCAGGGAAAUAAUUAUGUAAUGGAAUUGCCAUCACUCAAACAACUGGCUGUGGAAGCGUCCCCCAUCAUGAGGAGGAACUUGUCGGAAGAAUUUUCAUUUGAUUAUCAGCCAAUGCUCCGACAUUGAUUUCCGUAUUUAAUGUGGUAAUAGCCACUGUUUCACAAUUAUUAAGGAUCAUAUUUCAAUAGAACAGGUACGUGUGCACUUAUUUCCAAUUUAUUAUUAUUAUUUUUUAUUUAUACAAAAACGAAGUUUUUAAAUUAAUGUAUAUAGCUUGUAUUUUUUAUGGAUUUCCUCACCAACGACCGACUAAUUUGGCCUUCAAAGCAACAUUGAGGUUUUCAAUAUAGAAAAGGAAAACUUUUGCCCAAUGCCCCUAUUUUGUUUAAUAGAAAAAUGGUCAGCCCAUUCAAAAAAUAAAAAAUCCUUGGUUUUAGAGAUAUUUUAAAAUGUUUAACAAAUAUGUAUGUAUUUUUUUAAGAUUUGUUGCUUUUCCUUUUUGUUGUCCAGUUGGCCUACUCGGGUAAAUAUGUGAUUUUUUAU